AUGUUCACGACGGAGAGCCUAAAAACAUCCCACGUGCGGGUUGCCAUGACAGAAAACAGGCCAAAACUCGGGCCAGUCAACGCGCCGAGCCAUUCCUGCGGCCCGCGGGCGCGUGCGGGCCGGCCGCCGGAGAGCCGCCACCGGGCCGACGUCCGCCGGGCACCGGGCGGGGAGAACGAACUACUGGCGGCGAAGGGGGGGGCGGCCCUGGCGCGCCGAGAGGGACGAGGAGGAGGACAGAGGAGGAGCAGGAAGGAGGAGGAGGAGGAGGAGGAGGAGGAUAGAAGAGGAUGGGGUGAUGUCUGUGCCGCCCGGCCGUCUUCAGAGGAGCAUGUGCUCCGAGCUCGGCCCCGCCGCCGCCCCGCCUGGAGCUUCAGCGGGAAGGGGGGCAGGAGCUGA